AUGGCAUAUUGUGCACUCUGUGCUCGAGCACACAGGUCCCCUGGCCGUCGACGAUCCUGGCUUCAAGCCAAAACUACUCUUUUCUCCGAAAAAGAUGGCUUCUGGUCUUUAAUGCUGGCUGCUCAAGCAUUUAAGGUUCUUUGGCAUCGAAACUUGGAGAGCACCUCUAGAGCCAUUUUGUCGAUGAGCCCAAUCACUUCACACAAAAAACGGCCACCAGGGGCAUUUUUGACACACCUUUUCGGCCAGCUUUAUGCGAUUCUAGUAGCGGCAACUUUUAGGAUCAAAAAUUUGGCCCUGUCUAUGACGACCGACCGACCGAGCGACGUUUGUGAAAUAUACGCAUUUCAUGGCAAAGGAAGAAAUUACAUCACCAUGUACGAAAACAUUCGGGGAAGGCUAUCUGGCAAAGUGUUGAUUGAGUUCCAAAUUUAUCAUGAUAAACCUUCUUUAAGCCCAAUUCUUCAUUUUAAUCGCAAUGAAAUCUUUUUAUUCCAUGCUCUUCUCCUUGAAAGACUCAUCGCAGUAAAAACUUACUAA